UGAUGAUUAUUAUCGUGUGCGCCAUAGCCGAUUCUACGAUUUUUCUCUCUUCGAAAAAAGACAUAUUGUCUUAGUCUGUCGAUCCGCAGCACGCGAUUCGGCAUGCGUAAGGGAAGACAGCGUUGAAUUACUACGGCUCGGUGAUGUGAGAGAUCUCGAGUCGAAGAAAAUCUACAGCUCCAAUUGUCAGGCAAUAAUGGCAACUUCUUUACAGGAGCUUGGCCGUGUCGUCGUCCAAGACAUUUUGGGCGAUCUUUGUGCCGAAGUCUUUGCAAUACUUUCAACCAAUGGUCGAUCCACUCGCGCGCGACUCCUACAAUUGAGUGGAUUGCCUCAACGCCAGCUUAAAAUAACUCUUGCAUGCAUGACUCAAUUGCACAUAUUGCUUCACCAGACCACGGACGACGAGCAAUCCUUUUACCAAAUCGACUGGCGCAACACCUAUUCGCUGAUCAGAUCAAGUCGCAUUCAGUGCCUGGUGGAAGACAGAUACGGCGUUCGUGCAGGCAAAGUCAUCGCGUUUCUAUUGCAACUUGGUCACGCCCGCGUGCAAGACCUUGCUGAAGCAUUCGAUCUUCCGAGUCAGGAGAUCCCCAGCGGCGCCACUUACGAGAAUGGUGUGCGCCCAAACGACAGCAGCAAAGAUAACAGCGGGAAAACAUCAACGAUUGGACAAUUACACGCUACGAUACGAAAGUUGCUAGCAGCUGGGUUGGUGGUCAAGGUUGGCAACCAGGCUUACACGCCUACUGCCGACAUUCAAGCCGAGAUUGAGGAGCUUGUCAUAUCUGCACAUUUCCCGGACCGCAAAGUCGGGGGACCUAAAAAGCAAACGGAAUUUCGCAUGGCUGUCAAUUCAAUGAAGCGAAAGAGACGGGAGGCGGAGGACUUUUCAGAGCAACGAGACGCUCGAUCGUCGGGUGUGAAUGGCCGAGCAAUCAAGCGUUCCAAGCUCAACAUUGGCAAUGAUUAUGGUGCAGGGUCUGGGCAUGAUGAUUCAGGCCUGAGGUUGUUGGACGAUUUGGUGUUGCGUGUCAAUUAUGCGCAGUGUACCUCAGCACUACGAAGCCAAUGCUUAGAGGAGCUGGCAGAAGAGUGUCUCGGCUCUGCCACCGCCGCUGUGUAUCGUGCGUUAUUGCGAGUGCUUGAGGGAAAGCAGCGAGCACGAGACGACGUCAUACAACCCACAGAAGCUUCUGAUGACGAGAAGGACGAUCAUCCGAUCAUCUCGACUGUGGAAAUAGCAGACACAUUGGAUUCGUCUAUCAACCUGGACAUUUUUGUAGCUGCUAAUGAUUCGAGGAUGACGAAUGGCACUGAAAAGGCCAAGCAGAAGACAACUCAAUCUGCGGAAGAUGCUGAGAACGAUGCUGCGCUCGGGAUCGUCAAGCGCGAACCAUUAGACUCUGAUGAUGAUCAUGCGGCAACUGGAUUUUACUCACACCGCGACCGAGGCCUCCGCCUUGAACUGAUCGAGGAGCACCUCAAACUCCUAGACGAACAUCAGCUGAAGUUUUGCGAGAGAGUCGGUCCAGCUGGACGGGGUGAAUGGCGGGUAGACUUCACGCCCCUUAUUGACGCACUCAUCCAGCGCAACAUCGAUGCCACCAUAAUGUCCAGAUUGGGACCUGUUCACAUGCGGGUCGUGCGAAUGCUACGUGACAAGGGCCGGAUCGAUGAAAAGCAGAUUGCGGCCGCAUCAAUGAUGCGUCUCAAAGAUGUCCGAUCAUUCCUCACGCAGCUUCAGUAUGCCGGAUUUGUGGAAUCACAGGACGUUCCCAAAGAUAAUCAGCGUCAGCCUUCUCGGACGAUAUUUCUGUAUUUUUACGAUCGACAGCGUGUGCAGGAUCAAUUGCUUCAACGGACUUAUAAGUCUUUAUCAAGAAUGUUCCAACGACUACAACUGGAACGGCAGCGCUACGCCAGUGCUAUCGAAAAGGCCGAGAAAAUGGACGCAAAUCAAGAAGCACUCAAUCAGAACGAGCGUGAGGCAGUGAUGCAAUGGCGAGCUGUGGAAGAAAAGUUGCUCCUCCAAGUCGACCGAUUAGAUUCCCAAGUUGCUCUGUUGCGAGACUUUUCUGGUAGAAAUGUCUCUUUAUUGUCUUAACAUUCGUUGAGUCAUCAUCGGUGCGGCGCUGUUUGACAUUAUGUUAUGCAUAGAGGCGGGAUAUUUGAUUCACGCGAUCUCAAAUCGCGAAGCAUUUCUAGGGAGUCUGAGGGGCAGAUCAUUUUCUGAAUUGAGCAGGGAGUGACGAUUCAUAUGCCUGGCAUGCGAUGUAAGAUUAGCACGCGUGGAAUUGCUGUAGCAUUGAGCAACUGCAAAUUUAUUAAAACGGUAGCCAUUCAGGCAAUGAGAUCACAUCACAAAGUUGCUCUGAGUGUGGUCUUACUCGAGCAUCCCAUUGCAAACGGGGUUCACAAACGAUGAACGC